CUUGACUCAGGAGAAGUGGUGUGUUGGCAUUCUGGAGAAAUUUGGAUCAAAGUACAAUAAAACUGUGACUUCUGUCGUCCCGCGUGUCCUCAGGUUCACAGACAGCAGCCAGACGACCUGUGAUGCAGACGCACCUCUGCUGAGCGACAUAUUCUCCCGAGAAACACGAGCACUGCUGAGGAAGGAGAAUGGGGAGGAAGGAUGCCAGUGCGACCAACUUACCAGUUGAUCAGUACCGAAAACAGAUUGGUAAGCAGGACUACAAAAAGACAAAGACAGCCUUGAAGCUCACACGACUGAAAGCUGAAGCAAAGAAGAAUUCCUCUGGAUUCAGGGAUGCAUUCCUGGUCAUCGCAGCAAUCCUGUUCUUCGUCCUGUGUGUCUACGCCUUCUUCUACCUCAACCUGAGUACAGAGAUUAACCUGGAUGUGGAUGUGGAUUGAUAAGCGGUGGACAGUCGGCUGACAACGUCACACGAGGAUGGGACACAGUCUGUCAGCAUUUUUUUAACACACUUGUGGUGGCACGGUGACAAUGAACUGCCUCUUUUGGAGAAAUGAACCCAAAAACUGAAGUUUCAGGUUGUGUUUUUUGCAUCAUUUUGUAUCUAGAUGUUAAAUUUCUUCUUUGCCUUUUAUGCACGGGAGCACGCAAUUCACGUGUAAUCAUUGUUUUAUCAACACUAUGGUUUUACAUCCACAAAUGUAAAUAUCUUCUCUUCUGAGUCUAGAUCUGAAAGCUUUGAUUCCCUUUCCCUGAAAAGAAUCAGUGACCUCUUGCUUGUGUAACACUCUGCUGCAAAAUCUACACAGCAAAGAAAAUGAGCCUCCUCUUCUUUUUUUUUUUUUUUUUAACACAAGUCUUCCAAACCACAGUCGAGACCAAGCAUCUGUUAAUCAUAUUCUGCGGAGUCACGUCCCACUGUUUUCUCCACUAAUAGAAAAAUGUAAAUCUCCUGCCGAACCUCUCGUCACAUCGAGACAAACACUUGCCUCACAUUCCAGUGCACAAACCUCUCCUCCCGGAUAUCUGGAGAUCACAAAGUGUGAGAUUAGAAUCCACAAAGCCCUCGCCCUGAUUGAAUGUGUGUGCGGAAUACAGAACAACACAUUCUACCUGCCGCACAUACACAUGCUGCACUGAGACAGACAUCCUCGGGAUUAGCAUUACAAAUAUGAUCCUGUUCUUUCAUUUGAAUGGAAAUUACAGAGAUGAAUGAUGACUGAAUAGAGGAGAUCCUAUAUGUUUCUCAUAAGGAACACCUUGAUCAUUUUCCAUCUUGUCAAAUGCAUGUAUUGUUGUCCCCUUAAGGAUAUGAUGUGUCUAUGUGAAUAUGAAUAUCUGUCAAAGCCUCUUUAUCCCGAGUCUUUGUGUACCAGCACUGCGAGGUGCAAGGACUGGCCUUCCAUUAACCAUUUCAGUCCAAGUGCUUCCACUGUUUGAGAAAUUCCUUGUUAGCAAUGAUGCACAGAGUCAGGAGGUUUUAUUUAGUCCAUUUGCUUUUUUUAAUUACACAUUUAUUUCAUGUUUCCUUUCCAUUUUUCUCAGUACACAUCAACACGAACUAUCAGUAGCAAUAUUGCUCUCUAAAAGGCAAUUAAUGCAUUAUUAUGGACACGACUCUUUUAUAGUAGAGUGAUGCAUAAAAGGUCAAUACCAAAUAGUCACGAGACCCUGUGACUUCUCUCAUGCCUGACAUGUUUCCUUUUUUCACUGAGCCUCUUUUAAAAACAAGUCUUGUGUCUGUGCCUGAUUGUGUUCCAUGGCCGAGAUGAAAUCUGAGACUGAUUUCAGAGCUUUCAGUUUUUCCCCUCUUUUCUCCCAUGACCUCCCGACCUCUAGUAAAAGACGACAUGUCCAAGAAACCAUUAUGAUAAGCGCAUGCACCCGUACCCUCACCCGCCUCUGUGAGUCACUCACAUGUGUAACAAUAGAUAGCUCGACCUGACAGACCUUCAUACGUGACACCUGUUAUCUAAAAGGUCACCAAUACCAACCACAAGAGCUUUGACAUCAGCACAAUGGAAAGGAUCUGGCAGCACAACCUAUUUAUUCACACACACAUUUGACAAGAUGAGGUCUGGGCGAUUUUUCACAAUAGUCUUAUUGUUUGUAUGGUAUGUUAACAUUUUACAGUUUACUUCAUCAUUAUGAUUCGGUUGGGGGAUGCUGUGUGAUACAUUAUGAACUAUCUUACUCUGAUAUAUAUUUUGUUAAAUUACCUAUAAAAUCAACAGUGUGUAUUUCUUUUUAAGAAAAUAUAAAUAAUGUACUAUAAUGUACCUUUUCAGAUUUCAAUUCAUUUAUUUGUAUGAAUUUUAAUUAUGUCUUAAAGGGGACUUUUUAUGCUUUUCCUUAUUUUCUGUCAUAUAAUUUCUUUACACAGUUCAGUAUCACUUCCUGUAGCCUCAUAACCAUAGAAUCUGCUAACAAACCUCAUUAGCUAGCUAGGCAACUAGGUAGCAAAGAAACUGCUACAAUGUGUAUACAUUUUAGGUCAACUUGGAUGUCUGAGGUGAGCUAAGCUAACUACGGGGGAUUGGAUUAAGGAGUGCAUAUUUCUGGGGAAAAAAAUCUGCUGCAGUUUUCAGAGUCAUCCUAUUGAUGCUUGACAGUUUUUCAGUGGUCGUACAAUAAAUGGCAACAUACAAAUCAAUAUAAAUAAAUAGCCAUAUAAUGAAAUCCAUUUUGUUUUGUUUUUUAAAAAGAAAAGAGGCUACUGCUGCAUAGCAACUGCCUUGCACUGUGUAGGUAGCAAUGAAGUUCUAUUUCUUUGUAAGAAUACCUCAUGAAUGCCUUAUGAAUAUGUUAAUAAAAAUGGUUUGAAUUGGAA